AUGGGAGGAGUGGUGGUGGAUGAUGGAGGCAGUGGAGUGAAGGCCCCAGAUGGAGGAUGGGGCUGGGCUGUGCUCUUUGGCUGCUUCACCAUCACUGGAUUCUCCUACGCAUUUCCUAAAGCUGUCAGCGUCUUCUUUAAGGAGCUGAUCCGUGAGUUCGGCGUGGGCUACAGCGACACUGCCUGGAUCUCCUCUAUUCUGCUGGCAAUGCUCUAUGGCUCAGGCCCCCUGUGUAGCAUUUUAGUAAAUCGCUUUGGAUGUCGCCCUGUGAUGAUGGUGGGUGGCCUCUUUGCUUCUCUUGGCAUGAUCUUGGCAUCGUUUGCCAACAGCAUUGUUCAGAUUUAUCUCAGCACUGGAGUAAUCACAGGUUUGGGUCUGGCCCUGAACUUCCAACCUUCACUCAUAAUGCUGAAUAGAUACUUCAGUGAGAAAAGACCCUUGGCCAAUGGACUGGCUGCAGCUGGGAGUCCUGUAGCACUGUGCUGUUUAUCUCCUCUGGGCCAAAUUCUUCAGUACAAGUACGGCUGGCGUGGUGGUUUCCUCAUCCUGGGAGGCAUACUGCUUAACUGCUGCGCAUGUGGAGCCCUAAUGAGACCAUUAAUAGCACCAAAGAAGAGUGAAGAUGACCGGGAAGCAGCAAAAGAAGUAGAGGAAAAGCCAAAACCAAAGCACAAGUUGCUGGACUUCAGUGUCUUUAAAGACAAAGGGUUCGUCAUCUACACUAUAGCAGCAGCUAUUAUGGUGUUAGGACUGUUCGUGCCUCCAGUCUUUGUAGUUAGCUAUGCAAAAGAGCUGGGCAAUGAAGACACCAAGUCUGCACUUCUACUCACCAUUCUUGGCUUUAUCGAUAUCUUUGCUAGGCCUACAUGUGGCAUUAUUGCUGGACUUAAGUGGGUGCGACCACGGUGUGUUUACUUCUUCAGCUUUGCUAUGAUCUUUAAUGGUAUCACCGAUAUUAUAGGCUCCCUGUCAAAGGACUACACAUCACUUGUAAUUUUCUGCAUUUUCUUCGGUAUCUCAUAUGGCAUGGUGGGAGCCUUGCAGUUUGAGGUGCUAAUGGCCAUCGUGGGAACAGAGAAGUUUUCCAGUGCAAUAGGUCUGGUGCUGCUGGUCGAGGCCGCAGCUGUGCUAGUGGGGCCACCAGGUGCAGGUCGGCUGCUUGAUGCCACCAAGGUCUACAUGUACGUCUUCCUGCUAGCCGGUUGUGAGGUGGUCCUCUCGGCUAUCGUACUUUGCAUCUGCAACUUGCUUUUUAUCAAGACUACUCCUCAGCAGCCUGAUCCUGCAGCCAAGAUGGAGAUGGCUGCGACAGAGACUGAGAUGGAGCAGCUCAACAAAGUUUCUCAGGAUGACCUAGAGAAUCAUGAUGCAAGGAAAGAAUCAGAGCCCAAGAAUGUACAGGAAGAAGAACAGAGAAUAAAUCCAGAGGUUGAAGCACAGAAAGAGAGCAAAGAGGACCCAGACAAGCCAGAAGCAGCAAGUGAAGAUGAACUUCAGGUGGACUCGGUAGAUCUUUCAAAAGUGGCGACCAAAGCAAAUGGCGGUGCAGUGGAACCCGAAUCUUCUCUGUGAUGACAGUACCGUGAGAGAAGUAGACCAUUUUAAAAGUAAGAAAGAACUUGAUUGCUGUCUUGUGUGUGUUUGUAUUUGAUGUUUUGAUGUUGUGUUCUUUCUCUACUGCACUGAAAGAUGUCUCGUGAUUACAGGUAUGUUGGUGUUUGAAUUUCAGUAGAAUAUGGAACAUUUUAACCCUUUUAAAACCUUAUAAGGUGACAGGACAAACAUAGACUUUUAUGCACUAAAAAUGUCAGUAUACCUAAAAUAGAAAUAGUACCACAAAUUUAAAGCAAGCUAUGUGUACAAGGCAGGCAGACUUUUAUUUUGGAUUCAAAAUUACUCUGUUAAUGAUUAAAAUUGCACUAACAAAACUGCAACUUGGUCAUUAAGUACUCAGUAUCUAAGAAGGGAUUAGUUGGUUCAGCUGCACUAUUUAAAGGACCGCUGCAGAGAGAUUACUGUAUUUUAGCUUUGUUACAAAAACAACAGCCAGUAACCAUUCAUAACUAUUAUUGUGAACAUGCUUGAUCUCUAUUGCACACACUGUUAGAUACUGUGUAACAUUUCAUAGUCUAUGAGAAGCUUACUGUAUAGGGUUUUUUGUGGCAUUUGUCAACACACGUUAUGCAAAUUGUUGUGUGGGUAUAAAAGCCAGUGCUUCAAGUGACUCAAAAUCAAACGUCUAUAUAAUAUCUGUCCAUAUGUCUGUAUUUGGAGACCCUACUUAGGGCGAAUGACAAAAUGAGAGUUUAACACAAUCUAUUCGUUUUCAUUCUGUUUCAUAUGCGAAGUGUUUAAAUGGGCUACUGUGUUCUGGAUUUCCAAGUGCAGUGAAACUUGGAAAUCAUCUACUGGUUGAGGCACAAAUGAGUGUGUCUCUCAAUCAUACCAGAUUUAACCUUUAUGCUCAUUAACAAGCCAUUUGUGAGCUAAAUUAGGUGUGUUACAGCAAAAAAAAGUAUCACCGGUCCGAACAAGUACAGAGCAUCUGAGCUUUUUUUUUUUUUCCAAUUUUGGGGUUAAUAAAGAUAUGAAAUCACCAGUGACACUCCUGCCAUUUUAUUUGAUUUUAAUGUUCUAGCUUUAUAAUUAGAAGCUGCUUUACAGUAUUUUUCACAAUCACUGUUUAUUUAUUUUUGCUAGAUAUUGAUUCCUAGCUAUUUUUAAAAAAAUAGUUUUAGAUAUUUAGUUUGUAUUGGAAAAAAUGUUCAUGACUACCUAUCCAGCAUCUUGAUUGGGUCAGUAAUGAGAGACACAUCUGAUAGAAAUUCUCUUUGUGAACCAGAUCAGUAUAUGUGGUGCUCUUUGUUGAUGAUAUGAAAUACUUGAGAGUUGGCUGUGCCUUAAAUGUGGAAAGAAGUUACAGCAAACACAUCAAAAGGAAUGUUUUAAAAACCAUUAUCCUCACAUACUAUUCUGUUUUCUUUUCAAGAUGCUGUGUAUGUGGCUAUAUUUCGGUAAGAUGUUAAAUAAAAUUCUGAACUGAAAGAAAAA